CCCGGCCCUAAGAAAGCAGCCUUGCGGCAGAACCUCUUUGAUUAAUUUGCCUAUAUUUAGCAGUAUUUAACGCGCUACUUGCUUUACGUGGUCUUCGCUUGAACCGAAAGUCAGACAUCACAGCUCCUUCCGAGCAGUGCUGAGAAAGGGAUUGAUCUUUCUUCGUGAUAGUGAAGGAGCGAAUUCGAAGAGAAUAGGAGACCAAGGAAUUCCUCCAUACGAGCUUCCCGCACGUUGAAUCCAUUCCGACAACUGAGUCCCACUGAUCAUCUCUCUCCAUCCUCAUCCUCUACGCCUUCCUACCAUCUUGCUUUCAACGAAUCACCGACAAAAGUUCUCACCAUGGAAGCACCCACAAAACCACCCACCUCCUCUCUCCCCUCCACGAAUCCCCCCAGCGUCGAAGUCGCCUACAAACGCAAAUGCAUCGCCCUCAAGAAACGUCUCAACGAAAUUGAAUCCGAGAACGAACUCAUGCGCGUCCGCAACAGACGAGGCUGGAAGUAUAUCCAGAAAAUGCGUCUAGAGUCAUGCAUCCUGCUCGACAGGCUCACGAAGGUCACGGGCAUGGCAGAAGAGGCGCAGGCCGCUGGUGGUGUCACCCCGGAGUUACGCGCGAAGGCCGCAGCUAUGAUGUCUAAUGCGCCGACUCUGGAGGACGAGAGUAAACCCGGAGCUGGGGCGUCUGCUGUUGCGGGGAACGGGGCGCCGUAUUUGGAUGAUGAGACGGAGGGAAGUUCGGAGGAAGCGCCGCCUACACCACAAGACCGGCCGCUCCGCACCAAACGACGAAACAGGAUAGCAACGUGCAAGGAAGACGAGGGCUGGGACGAGGAUGGGAUGGGUCCCGGCCAUCCGACAGUCUGGAGAUCUCCGAAAUGGCGCUCGCCAAUGCCACCCGCUCCUAAGCAGGAGGAAUUGACAUCCUCGUUCCGCGUUCAAACAGGAAGCAAUGGCGGUCCGGCAUCUAGUCGUCGUCCAAGCGUCCAGGAUACCCAGAACGGUAAUGGAAAUGGUGCUGCGGACGUUCCUGCCGCGCCGGCGGAUGCUCCGACGACACCAAUGGAUAUGGAUAUAGAUACCAAGGAGCCGAAGGUCGAAGGACAGGGUUGA